AGCAGUAGACCUCCGAUCCACCCAACUAACAACAUUAAAUUAGUACAAUUCGGACAAAACUAACACUGGCUGGCAGAGUUGUAUAACUACUACGGCAUUUCAUUCUGUUUCUUGAUUCCAUCUCAUUCCUAAAAAUAGCAAAAGGCCCUUGAGCGUGAACUGCUAGAAGUUCUCUAACAAUGGCUCACGCCGUGCUUCAAUCCUCGUCUCUAUCUUGUUCCUCUUCCAUGGACCGCUCUAGGACUUUAGUUAAAGCCUCCGACAUCUUUGGUUCCCAGUUGAGAUCUCCGGAAAUUGAGCAGACCCACUUGAGAUUUUUGGAUUCUUUUAAACGAAAUCCGACUAUAAGAUUAAAGGCCUUAAGGGAGUCUCCCGGCCUAGCUCAGGAGAUCAUAGAUGACAAAGCGAAAAUCGCAGAGGUGACAAAAAAAGCACCCUAUCAUUUCAAGGAGUUGAAACAUCGAUUUCUUGGUUUCAAAAAAGAUAAAUACUUGAAAGACUUGGAACACUACCAAAGGCUUUCUGAGGCCCAAGCACCUAAGUUCAUGGUGAUUGCUUGUGCAGACUCACGAGUUUGUCCCUCGAGCAUCCUAGGAUUUCAACCAGGAGAAGCCUUUGUGGUUCGCAAUGUGGCAAAUUUGGUGCCCCCACAUGAGAAUGGACCUUCAGAGACAAAUGCUGCCCUUGAGUUUGCUGUUAAUUCUCUGGAAGUCGAAAAUAUACUGGUUAUUGGUCACAGCUGCUGUGGAGGAAUUAAAGCCUUGAUGAGCUUAGAAGAUGAUGCAGAUUCGAGUAGCUUCAUUAGAAGCUGGGUGACUGUCGGAAAGCCCGCCCGGUUCAAAACGAAGAAUGCUGCUUCAAACCUCAACUUUGAUCAGCAGUGCAGGCACUGUGAAAAGGAAUCGGUUAACAGGUCCUUGUUGAACCUCCUAACUUAUCCAUGGAUAGAAGAACGGGUGAUAAGGGGCAAGCUUGCGAUCCAUGGUGGCUACUACGACUUCAUUGAUUGUACAUUUGAGAAGUGGACCCUUGACUACAAGGGAAGUGGUUUGCUAUCCAGUGCUGAAUACUCCAUUAAAAACCGAGAGUUCUGGGCCUGAGUUGCUCUCCUAGAUUAUUUUCUACGUGUCCAUUUCCUAAGAAUUUGUAGUACGACUUCUUUGUAUGGCUUGUUGUUUGGUUCAUUGGAGAUGUACAAUAAAAACGGUUUUUAUCCAAGAGUAAGUUUAUUUUUUGUUUUAUGAAAUGAGACGUCUUUGUGGCCGUUCCUAGGAAGAUAUAGGAGCAUUCCCACAUUCCUACAAGGACAUGGGAGCAUCUUAUUACUAAAUAUCUUAGGUUACCUCGGCUACUUACAAUUACAUGUGUAAUGGAUUUGAUGUUACAGAUGCGGUUUUAUAUGUUCAACUGAUAAAUUUAAUA